GAGCCACAAAUAGUUCCUCGAACACAAGCCACAUUAACCGGGCUUACAGUGACCGAGUCACCCCUGAUCGGAUUUUCUGCUCAGACUUGUCUUCAUAUUGCUGAUCCGGCAUGGCGCUACCCAGUAGAGAUAGUUAUACGUGAGUUUUUUUGGGUAAACCUGCACUUUUACGCACCGAAGUUACCGGUGGAUUUUGAUAGAGUAUUUAGGGUUUGGCUUUAACUUUAAUUGUAUCUCUGCCGGUAUGUUUUCACUCUUGUGCGGAUUGGUGAGUCUGUGUGCCCUGGGCCGCGGUCAGUUAGCCACCAAUGGACAGCUGGACGAUGGAAAGCGGUACAUCUGCCGCGCAAUUCCCCUCAGCGGAGAUCCCACGUGCCCGGUGACAUUGUUACCCGAGCUAAACGUGGGGGGCCAGGAAGAGGAGCUCAGAAAUACCGUCAUGCAGCUCCGAGAGACAAUCCUACAGCAGAAAGAAAUGAUUUCCAAACAGAUAGGUACCAUCAACGAGCUCACCACCAAGCUGUCCCUCUGUGCCUCAACCACUGACGAUAGGAAGUACGACAAGGGGGCUUCCUGGGGGAAAGAGAAGCAAAACACAAUGGGGGAUGUUCCCAGAGAUCCAAAUGACAGCAUCGACAGUAUGGGGAAAACCAUGCAAGGGCUGAAGGACCGGUUGGAGAACUUAGAGCAACAGCAUCUGAGAGCCAACGUAUCCGGAGCGUCGUUCCCCACCGAGCUGCGGGACCUGCUGCAGCGCCGCCUCGGGGAGCUGGAGAAGCAGCUCCUGAAGAAGGUCAGCAACCUGGAGGAGGAGAAGAGCAUGCUGUCCAACGCCACAGCCGAGUACAGGCUGAAGACCGAGAGCACCCUGAGCGCUUUGGUGGACAGGAUCAGUGAGCUGGAGAAAGGUGAAGACGUGGUGGGCGGGCGCUUUGAUGCCGGACAGGCCUUCGUGGGCGAGCUGAGUCAGGUGAACAUUUGGGACCGCAUCCUGAAGCCGGUGGAGAUCCAGUCGAUGGCCAACUGCAGCUCUUACAUCCCCGGGAACGUCAUCUCCUGGCUAGCAGCCAAUGUGGAAGUGUUUGGGAGGGGAGCGUUCAAGCGGCCCAUGGAGACGUGUCAGGAGCGCCUGCCUAAAGCUUAA